AUGGCUCGCUCCACUUUCGCAGCCUUACUGGCAACCUACCUCACAACAACCCUCGCCACCCCAAACCCAGUGGAAGUCGAACGCGAAGCCAUAACCCCCGCGGCCCUCCUCCCCCGCGCAACAUCCACAAGCAUAACAAACCAAAACCAGCUCCUCGCCGCCUUCUCCUCCUUCUCCGCCGACAUCCAAUCCCUCUCCGCCGCCAUCUCCGUCGGCGAAGCGAUCUUCACCAACAUUGUCCCCGCCCCAGGCCCGACCGCAAUUCCCCAGCUCCUCAAAGAACUCCAGACCGUCAAUAACGCCAACCCCGGCGACAUCUUCAAAUCCGGCGCCGAGAUCCUCCUGAAUGGCUUCUCUGGCGGCGACUAUGCGAACAUCGCGGCGGGAUACUUGCUCGAGAGUUCCACGUUUAAUAUCAACCUCAUCCCUCCGAAGACUGUCAUCUACCCCAAGGCGGAUCCAGCAGAUGCUCCGUACGAUAUCUCUGAGGCGACGUUGCGAUCGGCAAUAUACAUUCCUCCGACCUUCACGUACGGCAAAAUCCAGCCGGUGAUUUUCGUUCCUGGGACUGGCGUUCGUGCGGGUCAGACCUGGGCGCCGACGUAUGGGAAGUUGUUCAAGCAGAACAAGAUUGCGGAUGCGGUGUAUUUGAAUUUGCCGAGUGAGAAUCUGGAUGAUAUCCAGGCGUCGGCUGAGUAUAUCGCUUAUGCGGUGAAUUAUAUCUCGAGUAUUAGUGGGCGGAAUGUCUCGACAAUCUCUUGGUCCUCCGGCUCGGUCAGCGGUCAGUGGGCGCUGAAAUACUGGCCCUCAAUCCGAAAGCGCCUCUCCAACAAAAUCUCCUUCUCGCCCGACUACCACGGCACCAUCUUCGCCCAACUCCUCUGCCCAGGUUUCGUCACCCCUGGCUCGGACCCAGCCGUGUGCCAACAGAAUUACAACUCAACAUUUAUCCGCACUCUGCGCAACAACGGCGGCGACUCCGCCUACGUCCCCACAACAAACAUUUACACCAUCUUCGACGAGAUCGUCGAACCUCAACAAGACCCCAACGCAUCCGGCGCUCUCCUCGACGCCCGCGGCGUCGGCGUCUCCAACACCGAAAUCCAAAGCGUCUGCACCGCCUUCCUCCCCGGCGGCACGCUGUACAACUCCCACGAAGGAGUCAUCUACAACGCCCUCGGCUACGCGUUGGUCAUCGACGCCCUCACGAACGGCGGCCCAGGCCGUGUCUCGCGCGUCAACGCUACGUUCCAGUGCUCGCAGUUCGCCACGCCCGGUCUGAGCCUCGCAGAUAUCUUCGCGACGGAGGCUCUUAUCCCUAUCGCUGCUUUUCAGAUUAUUGCGUUUUUGCCUAAGUCGGCUACGGAGCCGCCGAUUAAGGGGUAUGCGCAGAAGGAUAUUCCGGCGUAG